CGGGCCUCGCCGCGCCGCGCCACGCCACGCCUCCGCCCGCGUUCGCACUGACUGACCUGUCACGCGCGCGCGCGGGGGGGAGAGCGCGAGGAGGAGGAGAAAAGAUCUUCGCGCCCCCCCGUCUUGUCCUCUGUGGAGCCGAGGCCGAGGCCGAGCUGAGCUGAGCUCGCUUCCGUGCUCGGCCAGCGCACCCGCGCACGCAAGCAAGCAAGCAACCGAGCAAGAAGACCUGCGCUGCGCGCGCGCGCGCUGACGGGCGGAGGCGAGGCGAGGCGAUGCUCUACCUGCUGCCGCUCUCCGUCUCCUGCCGGGUCCCCGGCUCGCCGCCGGCGCCGCGCUCGCGGCGCUUCCUCGACCCCGGCGGCGGCCGGGGAGUUGGGGAUGGGUUAGGCGGCGUCAGGGUGUUCCGGAGGCGGGCGCUGCGAGGGACCGACGUCCGGUCGAACACCUCGUCGUCGUCGUCGCGGAAGGGCCGCCACGACGACGCGCGACACGACGGGGGAUACGGCGACGACGGCGACGCUGGGGCGCUGCUGGCGUCGGUGAGGAGGCUGCUGCUCUCCGGGUCGGCGCAGGACGACGCGGCGGAGGGGGAGGCGGAGGAGGACGAGCAGGGUCAGUUCCCCAAGCGAUGGGCCAUCGUCUUCCUCUGCUUCUCCGCAUUCCUCCUCUGCAACAUGGACCGCGUAAACAUGAGCAUUGCCAUUCUGCCAAUGUCUGCAGAAUUCGGAUGGAACCCACAAACUGUUGGCCUCAUUCAGUCAUCUUUCUUCUGGGGCUACCUGCUAACUCAGAUAGCAGGAGGAAUCUGGGCAGAUACAGUUGGAGGGAAGACUGUCCUUGGCUUCGGCGUCAUUUGGUGGUCGAUAGCCACAGCUCUUACGCCUUUUGCGGCGAAGCUGGGGUUACCAUUCCUCCUUGUGACCCGUGCUUUCAUGGGAGUUGGUGAGGGAGUUGCCAUGCCUGCGAUGAAUAAUAUUCUUUCGAAAUGGGUUCCUGUAUCAGAGAGGAGCAGAUCAUUGGCUCUCGUGUAUAGUGGAAUGUACCUUGGGUCAGUGACAGGGCUUGCAUUUUCCCCAUUGCUGAUACAUAACUUUGGCUGGCCAUCGGUCUUCUACUCCUUUGGGUCUCUGGGUGUAUUUUGGUUUUCGACAUGGGCGAGCAAGGCGUAUAGUAGUCCACUUGAGGAUCCAGGAAUUAGUGCUGAAGAGAAGAAGCUUAUAACCAGUCAAACCACAGGAGGAGAGCCUGUUAAAGAAAUUCCAUGGGGACUAAUAUUAUCGAAACCCCCUGUUUGGGCUCUUAUAGUGUCUCAUUUCUGCCAUAACUGGGGAACUUUCAUCUUGCUCACAUGGAUGCCAACAUACUACAACCAGGUUCUGAAAUUCAACCUCACAGAAUCCGGCCUUUUCUGUGUUCUCCCCUGGUUAACAAUGGCAGUUUCUGCAAAUUUUGGUGGUUGGAUAGCAGAUACGCUUGUCAGUAGAGGAUUAUCAGUGACAACAGUUCGGAAGAUCAUGCAGUCAAUUGGAUUCUUAGGGCCCGCAUUUUUUCUGACUCAACUGAGCCAUAUCGAUUCACCAGCAAUGGCAGUGUUGUGCAUGGCUUGUAGCCAGGGAACUGAUGCAUUCUCACAGUCCGGUCUAUACUCAAAUCACCAAGAUAUCGGUCCUCGAUACGCUGGUGUACUGCUUGGUCUUUCUAACACGGCUGGGGUUUUAGCUGGUGUGUUUGGCACAGCGGCAACAGGAUACAUCUUGCAGCAUGGUUCUUGGGAUGAUGUCUUCAAAGUAUCUGUUGUGCUGUAUCUGGUUGGGACUUUGGUCUGGAACCUAUUCUCGACCGGUGAAAAAAUUAUCGAUUGAUGCUUGUAUAUAGCCUGCUUACAGUUCAAAAUGGAAAGUACAUACGGUUCAGUAACUGGUGAGAUGAGAAUUGCAUUCGAUCAACAUCCAUUCCAUGUGAAGCUCAACUCUUUGCAGAAACAGAACUACAGACUGCAAACUUUUCCGCGCAGCGUUAGACAUGCAAUUCUUGGCAGAAGAAGUUUCAAGUGUUCGAAUUUUUCACAUGAUUCAGGAUCUUCGCACAAUUUUGCAAAUGAAGCAUGUGCAAGAGGUUUGAGUUGAGCAAUUACCAACAGCCAGUUUUUUAGGACUCUGUAAGUAUAGGUAUUUCUGUACAGCUUAGAUGAAGAAUCCACCAUCCACCGUACACCCCUAUUAUUUUUGACUUGUUACACAAUUUUCUUGAACAUCGUAUUUCUGUAAAGUUUGUAGUUAACAAGUUUAGGAAUUCGGCAAUCUUACCUGAUUCUUGUGAAUUUAACUGUUUGAGAUAUGGCCCUUGGCAUUUGAUGGGCAUGGUUUCAUCUA